AUGACCUCGUACGACCGCCACGCCUCGCACGACUCGCCCUACCGCACCGGCCGUCACAUCCCCAUUCCCCAGAGCCGCCACGCUGCCCUCAGCUCCAUCACGGCGAGCGGCGCCGAGUCCCGCGCCGACCUGCACUCGCCCUACCAGCACGACGAGCUCGCGACCAGCAAUGGCUUCAUCGGCUCCCCCCAGGGCCCCAUGUCUCCCAGCUCCCCCUACUCGCCUGGAAUGCGUGGCUCCCUGAGCCGCCAGGCCACCAUGGACUCGGACACGUUCGACAAGGGCGCCAAUGGCCAGAUCCAGAUGCAGGACUUCAACGAGGGCCUGCCCCCGCCACCACCUGUUAGCCACUCGUGGAGGCGUAUCGACCGCUGGGUCGAGGACCACUACCAAGAGCUCUUCGACAACUUGUGCGAGGGCUGCACAUCAAACGACGUCAACGAGCUGGAGCACGAGCUCGAUGCGACGCUCCCCAUGGACAUUCGCGAGUCGCUGCAGGUCCACGACGGCCAGGAGCGCGGUGGUCUCCCGACCGGUGUCAUCUUUGGCCUCAUGUUGCUCGACUGCGAGGAGAUUGUCAUGGAGUGGAAGAACUGGCGAAAGGUCGCUGAGGAAUACCUCACCACAAAGGUCGACUACCGAACACCGCAAAUCCCAGUCAAGGCUUUUGCCGGCUCCUCUACAGCUCCUCCUGUGGCUACAGUCCAGAGCACAGGCAACCCCCUCUGGCGACAAGACCUCCUCGCGCGUCAGGACUCGCAGCCCCCGAAUGCCGUACAAAAGGCCUAUGCCCACCCAGCAUGGAUCCCUCUGGCUCGCGACUGGGGAGGCAACUACCUUGCCGUCGAUCUCGCUCCGGGUCCCAAUGGCACAUGGGGCCAGAUCAUCAUCUUCGGCCGCGACUACGACUGCAAAUAUGUCGUCGCACGCUCGUGGGGCGCUCUGCUAGCCAUGGUCGCAGAUGAUUUUGCCUCCAAGGACGUACACAUGGAUGAGGAGACGGGCGAGCUGAAGCUAUUGGCAUUCAAGAAGCAGAACGUUGAGCCACCCUACCUAGAAGUCCUCCGCUGGCGAUGCGAUCAGAAGCACGGUCGCCGGCGGCCCAAGGGACGCCCGAACAGCGGUCUGCGUGUCAACCCCAACGCGCCGGGUAUGGUCGUCCCCAGUAGCACUGCGAGCAGCCCCUACCACAGCCCUGUAAUGGGACCAGAAGACCGCGGCCGAAGCCCCCACCGCCUCUCCAAACCACCCAAAGGCGUCAGCCCGCGUGGCAAACUUUCAAGCCCGCUCGCCCGAGUUGCGGAAGAAAACCCAGCACCGAUCCGCGUCCACACGAACCUCGAUGCCAAGGCUGCCACACCCUCGGAGAACCUGAUCUCCAUGGACACACCAAGGCCCAGUGACGAGCUCCCCACUGCCCGCCUACCUACUCCCCGCGACAGUCUCAGCAGCGAUAAGGAGAACAACAAAGAGAACCAAGACACCAAGCCUUCUUCACUGAAAAGCCCAAAGUCGGUGAAGAGCCCUAUCGCUGCCACCGCCGAAACAGAAGAUCUCAAGACUGUCGAGAUAUAG